CCACCGCCUGGAGGUAAAGCUGCGCGAGCUGGAUUUGCACUCAGAGAGAAGGAGCCGAUCUCAGAUUCUGUGAAUCUCUCUUACACAGUUGAGUCAGAGCUGCCACAGACUGACUAGCCGCUCUACAGUCCAACUUUUUCUAUGCAACUGUUGCGCGUCUCCACUUUGGAUAGAGAGAGGCUGAUCAUUGCGCGCUGCAGAGCGCAGGGGAUCCGAGGAGCUCAGUCCUGACCGAGCAGGAGAGAUCUCUCCUCCGGACUGCGAUACCAUGAGGAAAUUCUGAGUUUGCAGAACUCUUCCGUCCACUUUACGCUUCCUUUGGCUGCUGCCAAAGAGUUAGCCCAUGUGCAGGUAUCCUCGUGAGUGUGAUUCUGUUUUCACCCAGAUCUCUGCUGCCUGGACAAAUGCAUACAAAUGCAUUUAGGAGCUCAACGGACAAGGAGUGGACACGUUUCCGCGGCAGCAACGUGGAACUUUAUCCUGCUCCUGUCAGUAUGCUCAGCAGCACUAUCUGCAGAAGAAGACUACCUAGCUCGAGGAGUAGAUGUCCUCUCUCAACUGGGGCUUACACCUCAAAGCAGGACAGACAAUCUAGACAAGAGGACAAGCCCACCCUGGACUGCUUACACUACAGUUCCCUCACCUUUGAAUAUUCCUGUCUCUGGAUAUGGGGUAUUACUCGACUCAAACUCCCUCUAUGAGGCUCCAGCAGGCGGUUUGUUCCCGCCCGAAACUUGGGAGGAGUUUUCUGUUGUGGUUAGCCUAAGCUCCUGGAGAGCAAACAAUGCUUUUCUUUUUAGUGUCAAAGAUGGAAGAGACAGGCUGCGUUUUGGCAUUCAGCUGCUGCCACACAGAGUGGUGGUUUACACUGCGGAAAACGCCCCCAUCUAUUUCACGUACAACUGGCAGGAUGGGCAUCAGCACCCUUUUGCAGUUGGUGUUCGUGCACGCUCAGUGUCAUUUUUUGCGGAUUGUGGGGCAGUGCAGCAGAGAGAGCAGACCCUAGGGAGAUUUUUGACACUAGGGGAAUCUGGGGGUGUCUUUACUCUGGGUAGAAUGAACUCCAAAGCAGCACCAUUCUAUGGUCGUAUCUGCCAAUUAGAUAUUUAUCCUUCAGCUCAAGCUGCCGCCCACUACUGUAACUACCUUAAAACACAGUGCCGGCUGGCCGACACUUACCGGUUGCCUUUGCCAAAUUCUGGUUUGGAAAUUGAGGCAAAUGACCCUCCUUUAGACCCACUGACAAAGUCCCCUGUUGAAGUAGUGGCUACCCAUACCCCUAAAAAAGCCACAACAGCUUUCAGACUGUCCCCAGGUAGUUCCGUCAAACAGUUUUCAACUCAGAGCCCAUCACUGCAAUCUCAUUUGGAGGACCAGAGCCACAUAUCUACAUUGGAUUCCAUUGCCCACUCUACCACACCCGCAUUUCAGCCUUACAACCCCACCCUAAGCACCUCUAAUAGGGGAGCAGAUCUGGAUCUCACAUACAGCACAACUAUCGCCACUGUCACCACUUUCAGAAAUAAACCGACAAAAGGGAGAAGCCGACAGGGGGAUAGUGAUUACUCUGAAAACAGCACAGAGGAAGACAGCAGCUCUGGGAGCCUUCAGACUCCAGGGACUACUCUACCAGACUUGGUUUCUCCAGUCAGGCAGAGUUUAGUGAAGGAAGGACUCAGGAACAACUCCAUCAUCAGCUCUGGAGAGCCUUAUUUGGUGCCCCAAAAAACACAUCAGCUCCUGGAGACUUAUCCAAGAGCCAAUGGAACAACUUUGUACCGGGAGAAUCAGGUGGACAUCUCAGAACAUCACAAUCUGGAUGGCAGCUAUGACGAUGUAGACUUGGGAGGAUAUGAUUAUGGAUAUGAGGACCCAGACUUCUUCUAUGACUAUGAAGAUGGUUUUCGUGGCCCCAAAGGAGAGCCAGGUCCUCCGGGUCCUCCUGGUCCCCUUGGUUUACCCGGUCCCCCAGGAAAAAGAGGCCCUCGGGGUCCUCCUGGUCCUCAUGGAAGCCCAGGACCUCCUGGACCACCUGGGCCAAAGGGUUCAAAGGGGGAUCCCGGUUCUUCCCCAGGUCAAGCUCCACCAGGAGAAAAGGGUGACAGAGGCCCACCAGGUCUUCUUGGACAAGAUGGAUUUGCAGGUCCACCGGGUCCUAAAGGUUAUCCAGGGCCAUUUGGACCACCAGGAGAACAAGGCAUACCAGGACCGCCAGGGGAAGCAGGGGCUGCAGGUUACCCUGGCAGGCAGGGCUCAGCAGGGCCAGAAGGUAACCCAGGGCCUAAAGGUAUCCGUGGUUUCAUUGGGCCUCCUGGUGUUGCAGGACCACCGGGUCUCGAGGGGGAGAGAGGAAUUCCUGGCCCAAUUGGAAAACCUGGUCCCAAAGGAAGAUAUGGAGUGGUAGGUGAUGCAGGGGAGAGGGGACCACCUGGUCCUGAUGGCAAUGAGGGGCCUGUUGGUGGGACUGGCAUUACUGGCUUUCCUGGUCUGAGGGGGGACCCAGGGCCUGAGGGACCAAGGGGACUGCCUGGUAUGUUGGGACCUCAGGGCCCAGGAGGACGAGCUGGCCCGCCUGGAUUGAAAGGUGAUAAGGGUGAAGUGGGACAAAGGGGCCAUCCAGGAGAGACUGGGUACCAAGGUGAUAAGGGAGCUGCUGGUAUACCUGGUUCUACGGGGCCAAGAGGGAAGCCAGGACCACCGGGUAAAAUCGGUGAAAUUGGGGCACAAGGACCACCUGGGCCUCCAGGACCAGAGGGUUUUCCUGGAGACAUAGGGAUUCCAGGGCCUAAUGGUCCACCUGGGCCAAAGGGUUUGCAUGGUGCCAGAGGGCCCCAAGGCCCACCUGGGCCACAAGGAAUACAGGGUGAUGAAGGACCACUUGGACCACCUGGCAGCGCCGGCCCUACUGGAAGACCUGGAAGAAAGGGCUACAUAGGUGAACCUGGGCCUGAGGGUUUACAGGGAGAGAAAGGGGACAUGGGAAACAUUGGAAAAGUUGGACCACAAGGUCCGCUAGGCCUGAUCGGGAUAGCUGGGGUGAUGGGAGUUCCGGGUGAAAAGGGCGACAGAGGACCAGCAGGUCCAACAGGUCCAGUUGGGGAGAAGGGGCCAAGGGGCUAUCCAGGGUUGCCAGGAAGUCCAGGGGACAUCGGCAUGCAAGGUGCACCUGGUCCACAGGGGCAAAGGGGCAUUCCAGGCAUCGCUGGGCCAAAGGGCAGAAGGGGGCCCCGGGGUCCAGAUGGUCCACUAGGAGAACCAGGCUCUGAGGGACCAAAGGGUGAAAGGGGUGACCCUGGUCAAAAAGGAGAGCCUGGAUUUAUUGGCAAGGCUGGAAGUCCAGGAGAGAGGGGCCCUCGUGGAAAACCUGGAAAACCUGGUAUUCCAGGCAGUACUGGAGAGAGAGGGCCCCAUGGUGAACCAGGACCUAAAGGACCUCCUGGGGAGGCUGGACCUGAUGGAGAGCAAGGAAUUGAGGGCCAGCCAGGUGCAGAGGGGGAACUGGGUCCCAUUGGAGAGCCAGGUUUAAAGGGUGAUGUGGGGCCUCCAGGAACUGAAGGGGAACAGGGACAAGAGGGAAUACGAGGUCCUCCUGGUCCCCCUGGGGAAGAUGGCCCUCAAGGAAAAGAUGGACCCAAGGGUGAGCCUGGUGAGUGUGGACCAAUCGGAGAACCAGGGGAUAAAGGUGUUGAAGGAGACCCUGGGCCACCAGGACCACCUGGAGGGCCUGGGAAACAAGGCUUUCGUGGACCGGAAGGAAAACCAGGGCCUCCGGGGAACCGAGGGCGGCAUGGCAAGAAGGGAGAAAGAGGUCCUCCAGGGCUUGUUGGUGAAAUUGGUGCACGAGGAGACAUCGGCCAACCAGGGGAACCAGGGCUGAAAGGCGCCAGGGGAACUCGAGGCCCACCAGGUCAGCCUGGAGUUAUGGGGGUAGAAGGGCAACCAGGACUGGCAGGAUACACAGGUCACCCUGGCAAGCUUGGGCCUGUAGGACCACCAGGCCCUAAAGGUGAAAAGGGCUAUCCAGGCGAGGAUAAUAAGACCCCAGGACCACCAGGGCCCUUAGGUGAACCAGGACCUGCAGGAGAAAGAGGAGAGCGUGGAGAGUCAGGGGAUGAAGGAUAUCAGGGCCAUGUUGGAACUGUUGGAACUCGUGGGGCUGUUGGACCACAAGGGCCACCAGGAUCACCAGGCCUCUCUGGAGAACCAGGCCCAAAAGGAGAGACAGGACCCCCGGGCUCUGCAGGAAAGAAAGGAUCGAGGGGGCUGACCGGCGCUCCUGGAGUUGAAGGGCCGAUGGGCUUACCAGGUCUUACAGGGAUGAUGGGUUACCCAGGACUGGAUGGUCCCCCAGGACUGAUUGGCUUACAAGGAUUUCCAGGAAAACAAGGACGAAAGGGUCAGAGAGGUUUGGCUGGACAAGAGGGACCUGUUGGACAUCCAGGUCCCAGAGGAGAGCUUGGUCUUCCUGGACUUCCUGGAGAAAGAGGGCCGCCUGGGCAAAAGGGAGAACUAGGGCUGCCGGGGGAUAGAGGACGCGCAGGAAUCAAAGGCAUGGAGGGCACCACAGGUGACCAGGGCAGGAAGGGGGACUCAGGACCAAAAGGACAACCAGGGGAAUCUGGAGAUCCGGGAAUGGUUGGUUUACAGGGCUUCCCAGGGCCAAAGGGACCAAAUGGUGAUUUGGGAUUCAGGGGCUUUCCUGGCCCAAAAGGCCCAAUCGGUACCCUGGGAUUCACUGGACCUGUAGGCCCUGAAGGAAUGAUGGGCCCAAUGGGAAAACCUGGGCCAAGAGGUCCAAAAGGAACUAGUGGCGAAAUGGGGCCUCAAGGACCACAGGGAAGUCCAGGACCCAGAGGACCUCCUGGCGCUCCAGGCCCAACAAGGCACAUUUAUGAUGACUCAGCUGUCUAUGGUCUAUCUGACUCUAAUGCUGUCUUUAGGACAGAGAGUUUCCAGAACACUGAGAUGAGCUUCCCAGACCAAAAUACAGAGAUCCUAAAGACUCUACAUUACCUGAGCAGUGUGAUUGAAAGCAUCAAACAGCCUCUGGGUACACGGGAGAACCCGGCUCGUGUCUGUAAAGAUCUGAUUGACUGUCACGAGAAGCUCAAAGAUGGUUGGUUCUGGAUUGAUCCAAAUGUGGGAUGUACUUCUGAUGCCUUCAGAGUCUUCUGCAACUUCACUGCGGGAGGGCAGACCUGUUUACAUCCAGUGGCUUCCAAUAAGAUGGUGUUUGAUGUAGGCAAAGUCCAAAUGAAGUUUCUCCAUCUACUGAGUACUGAGGCCAGCCACAGUAUCACACUCCACUGCCUGAAUGAUCCUCCACACAGCACUGCAGACAGCUUCAGCUCCACCGGAUCCACACGGCAAGAAAACACCACAAUUCGGUUUCGUGGCUGGAACAAACAGAUGUUUGAGAAAGACACACUACUUGAACCACACUUGCUACAAGACGAUUGCAAGAUCCAAGAUGGCAGCUGGCACCAGUCACAAUUCUUCUUCCAUACUCAGGACAGUCGUCAGCUACCGAUUGUAGACAUACUGGACUUUCCCCCGUCUCAGCCUGACAGUCAGCGGCAUAUAGAAAACGGUCCUGUCUGCUUUCUCUGACACCAACAUCAUCACCUUUUGCCCUAUAAACAUGAACUACUAAUAUAUAAGGGUGUUGAAAGACACAGCUUCCUACCAAAGAGUGAACUCCACCAGAGUUUGUCAUGGUUUAUGGAAACCAUGAAUUGGACCUUUUAUGUCCAAACAAAGACAGAUCUUCAUGGAAGAACUGAGUCUCUGUAAACCAUCCAGGCCAAGAGGGCCAGAGGAGAACAUGUGUAUACCAAUAUUUAUCACUGAUUGUGUAAAGUUUGUUUUGUCAGAGGUGCUUGGUUGGCUGUGUAUGGACCGAUGUUAUUCCCUGAUCACAGGGGAGGGCCUCACUAAGCAGCCGCCUGUCCAAACCCAAAAACAUAACCUCCCUCUCACUCCUCACCACCCCAAACACACCAGACCAUCCUAAGAAGAGGCCCAUCCUGAAGGAGCGUAUCAGGCCUUUACAUAGGAGCACUGUCUAACUAAAGGUUUUUAUGAGUGCAAUAGCAUGUGGAUGAUGUGUGACUUCAUUUAUUUUUUCAGUCAAAGGCUUUAUUUUACAAUGUUUUCAUGUUUUUUGUCUUUGGUCCUGCCCAGCCGGACCUGUACAUCUUGACAGAUGGUGCUCUACCUCUACCUGCUCAGUUGCUUUCUAGAAUAGUUGCUUAUGUCAGGUUAGAUUUUUUUUUUUUUUUUUUGCCUUUGUGUUGUAUGUACCGGUUACAUCAAGAUUUGUUAUGUUGUAUAAGUACUUAUUUUGAUUUGGUCAUUUCUAAUUUAUGAACCAUUUUUGAUACACUACUUUUUUUGUAGCUCUUCCUUUUAUGUGGUAGGUUCUUCAGGGGAAACCUAUCAUUGGUGCUGCAACAAAGAAUGAGUCAUCAGUGAGUUUUUACAUUUCCUGUGUAUAUAUUGACAGCAUACUGUUUAUUUAUAUCCUUUUUUGUUCACAUUACUGUACCACAGUAAGUUAUACUCUCAGAGAAAUAUUUGAUCCACCACAACUCAGUCUAAAGAAGUAUUUAUGUUGUAAAGGUGUGCGUUUGUGUGAUCACACCUGUGACUGUAUGUUUCAUACUGUUUCAGUUCAUUCAGCGGGGGUCAGGAGGACUGGCAGCUAUAGUGGGCCAGAGUCAGAAAACACAGUCAUCAUAUUCUUAAGUUAUAUUAUCUUGAGCAAAGUGUAAUUAUAUAGAGUCUGUGGAGGAUGAGAGUGGAUCCAAAUGUGUAAAUAAUUAAUAAGUUGACAAAUAAAUGAAACAUUUU